AUGGGCCGUCAGUGCGGGGCCCCGGGGCGCGGCCCGGGGGAGAGGGGGCAGCGCCGGGAGCCGGGGGCGGCCAUGGGAGCCGGACGCGGGGCCCGAGUGUGGCCCCGCCCCGGCCGCCGGCUGCCCCGCCCCGACCCGCCCUCCCCAGCGCCGCCACCGCCCCAGCCGCCCGGGGCCCGCCUGGCUCCGCGGCGAGGCCCGAGGGGCGGAGCCGACGGCGCACGCACGUCCCGCCCCGCGCCUGCCACUCACACUAUGGGCCAAGCCCACCUUUCUUCACCUGGACCCGCCCCACCGUGCAACCUGUUUGACCGACCAAGGGGUGGGGCCGGGAGGCGAAGGGGAUUUUCCUACCGCUCCCUCCUAAAACGCCACGGCGACGCCCGGUGGGACAGGUCCAGGCGGCGCGCCCGGCGCUUUCAAGUCCCUGGUCCCGGACUUGCAAGUGCAGACCUGCGCCCCGCGCGGCGGCGGGAACAUUUAUUCUCCUGUGCAGACUCGAAGCGCCCAGGGGCUGGGCGGUACCGGCCCCAAGGGAUCCCGUACACCGGCCCCUGCUCCGGGUCGCCCACUCCCAGAACCCACGUUCCCCGCAACCACCUUGGUCCCACACGCACACACCGCGCCCCCAAGUUCAAGAAUCCUCUGGGCUCCUUAUUGGAGUAUGCGAACCCGCCCCACGCCCCAGACACACUCCAUCCCAGGGACACAUCCUCCACAUCCCACCUGUCAGAGGAGGAAAAUCGGAAGAGGCACCACCCAAUCAAUGUGAGACGUGACCCCAGCAUCCCCACCUAUGGACUCCGACGGUCCAUCUUACUGAACACCAGGCUUCAGGAUUGCUAUGUGGUUUCACCAGCUCUCACCAACAUCUGGACGGCCAGAACAUGUGCAAGGCAGAACAUCAAGACCCCAGCACCAGGUACCACCUCUUGCUGGGAAGUGGUAAAGAACCCAAUAAUUGCCAGUUAGUUCUCUCUGGCUAAGCUUGGGCUCCGGAGGCAAUUGAAGGAUAAAUGCUGUCCAGUACCUUCCAAGUUUGGAGAAGCGAAGCCACUGAAGAGAUUAAAGCCCAGGAACAAUUCAACAAUGAAAGCCAUGCAGCAGGCCAGGAUAAGAAACCCCAUCAGAUCCAAGAACAAGGGGCCAGCAGGGCAGCUGCUGGGCUCACCUGGACGAGGAGGACAGAGUCCUGCAGGAAGCAUCGGCGAGAGCAAAGAAAGUUCAAAGGAGAAAAAAGUAACAGUCUGCCAAGAUCUUGAAGAUAGAUAUGUGGAACGCGUGGCCGCCACCCAAGCACUACCCUGGGACAGAGGGACCGCAGCCUGGAAGGGCCGAGCAUUGCCUCCUGAAACCCCAAUGAGACAGCAGGUGCUGGGGGACUCGCUAACAAUCCAUGGGCUCCCCACAGAGUGUUACCGGGCUCUGUACCAUGCUGUGGUGGAGCCGAUGCUGUGGAAUCCUUCAGGAACCCCCAAGAGAUACAGCUUGGAGCUGGGCAAGGCCAUUAAACAAAAACUUUGGGAAGCUCUGUGCAGUCAGGCCACCACCCUUGAAGGUGCUCAGAAGGACCACUCACUGUCUGGCAGGAAGUGGCUGGUGGUCCAUGAGCCUAUGCCCAAGAAAUGGCCCAAGUUAAAGAGUGAAAAAUAA